UUUAUAGCAACUCAGAAGGAGUAUUGCAUCUCCAGCGAUCCAGUACCCGCUCAGCCACAACCUGUGCAUUCACAGUCACAGAAUCAGUCACAACGACACACGAACAAUUCAAAGAGUAACAAGAAGAGAAACUUUACGAGUAAUAAUGGCAAGGGAGCUGGUCACCAUCAGGGACACCAGAAUAAACAAAUGAAGUUCCCGUCUUGUGCUAGAUGUGGUCGUAACCAUCCAAGCCAAUGCAGAUUGGGUUCCAGAGGUUGCUACUCUUGCGAUCUUGAGGGCCACAUAUCCAGAGAAUGUCCAAGAAAGAGUCAGCAAGGCUAUCAGUUUGUUCAGACAUCAGGGAAUUCAGUACCUUCAGCGGCUGUCCAUAAUAUGCAGGCUUAUCUAGAAGGACCAUCCAUCCAGCAAGGACGUAUGGAGGCACCACCAGAGGCCCCGGUUGCUAGAGUGUUCACCAUCUCAAAAAAAGAGGCAUCGAUAAAUCCCAGUGGUGUCACAGACAAAACGAUGCAUGGCGUGUAACA